AUGUGUUUCAGCACCAAGAACGUAGUUCAAAUCUCACUUGCAAACGAGAAGGUUUCAAAGGUGACCGUGGCCUUCAUACGAGCCGUAUCUGCUGAACGGUGCGAUAGGGUGAACGGCAAUCUAGGCUCAUACGUUAUAGAUAAAUCGGCCAGACGGGAUCUGCAAGGCAACAACAUAAGUGUCAUCUACGAGUCGGACUUGCAAGGAUUGGCGAAACUGCGAAUACUGCAGUUAACAGACAACCAUAUCUACAACAUCGAGAAGGAUGCCCUGCACGAUCUGAUAUCACUGGAGCGAUUACGACUUAAUAGCAAUCGCUUAAAAUCAAUACCUGAUAAUUUUUUAUCCAGUGCCGCUAAUUUAUUACGAUUGGACCUUUCACACAAUGCCAUCUCCGCCGUACCGAAGCGUGCGUUCAAAGGAGCACCGGCCCUUCGCAGCCUACAACUGGACAACAAUCAAAUCACCUGCCUGGACGAAGGUGCCGUGAAAGGGCUGACCGAGCUAGAAAUUCUGACACUGAACAACAACAACAUUACCACGCUUCCGCGCGACAUGUUCGCCGGAAUGCCGCGCCUUCGAGCGUUGCGCCUUUCGGAGAACCCAUUUGCGUGCGAUUGUCAUCUUUCCUGGCUGGCCCGCUACCUGAAGAAUGCAUCCCGCCUGGCCCCGUACACCCGGUGCCACUCGCCCAGCCAGCUCAAGGGCCAGAACGUGGCGGACCUGCACGAGCAGGAGUUCAAAUGUUCCGGACUGACGGAAAACGCGCCGAUGGAAUGCGGUGGCCGCAGCCUUUGCCCGCAUCCGUGCCGCUGCGCCGACGGCAUCGUGGACUGCCGGGAGAAAAGUCUCACCACCGUCCCGUCGAUGCUGCCGGAAGACACCACGGAGCUCCGGCUCGAGCAGAACUACAUCACCGAGAUUCCACCGAAGGCGUUCGCCAACCACCGGCGCCUUAAGCGGAUCGACUUGUCGAACAAUAACAUUUCGCGGGUAGCCUACGACGCCUUCAGUGGACUGAAGUCCCUCACGUCACUCGUUCUUUAUGGUAAUAAAAUCAAGGAUUUACCGGCGAGCGUUUUCAAAGGAUUAACCUCACUCCAGCUGCUGCUGCUGAACGCGAACGAAAUCAGCUGCGUGCGAAGGGACGCUUUUAAGGAUUUGCAUAGUCUGAGCCUGUUGUCGCUGUACGAUAACAACAUUCAGACGCUGGCCAACGGCACGUUCGACUACUUGCGGAGCAUCCAAACGCUACACUUGGCACGCAACCCGUUCAUCUGCGAUUGCAAUCUCCGCUGGCUGGGCGACUAUUUGCACAAGAACCCGAUCGAAACCAGCGGGGCCAAGUGCGAUGCGCCCAAGCGGAUGCAACGGCGCCGGAUCGAUGCGUUGAAGGAUGAAAAGUUUAAAUGCACGGAGGACUUUAGUAAGAUGAAAAAUGCCGGCGAGUGCCGCAUGGACCAGGAGUGCCCGGCGGCCUGCCAUUGCGAUCGGACGACGGUGGACUGUUCGGCGCGCGGUUUGAAGGAAAUUCCACGGGAUAUUCCACUCUACACAACGGAACUGUUGCUGAACGAUAAUGAGCUUAAUCGCAUUAAGUCGGACGGUCUGUUCGGUCGGUUGCCGAACCUGGCCAAGCUGGACCUUCGGCGGAAUCAAAUAUCCGGCAUCGAACCGAACGCGUUCGAGGGGGCAACGAAAAUUCAGGAGUUGUUCCUGAGCGAGAACAAAAUCGCCGAAGUGCACAACAAGAUGUUCCUGGGGCUGCACCACUUGAAGACUUUAUCGCUGUACGAUAACAUCAUUAGCUGCGUGAUGCCCGGAUCGUUUGACUUUUUGACCUCACUGACACAGCUCAAUCUCGCCUCGAAUCCCUUCCGGUGUAACUGCCAUCUGGCCUGGUUCUCGGAUUGGUUGCGCAAAAAGCAACUGAACGGACCACCGGCUCGCUGCACAUUUCCCUCAAAGGUGCGCGAUGUUCCGAUCAAAGAUUUACCACACUUCGAUUUCAAAUGUUCAUCGGACAUGGAUCAGGGCUGCCUCGGGGAAGGCUACUGCCCACCGUCCUGCACCUGCACCGGCACGGUCGUACGAUGCUCCCGCAACAAGCUGAAGGAAAUCCCUAAAUCCAUCCCGGCCGAAACGACCGAACUGUACCUGGAGUCGAACGAAAUCUCAAUGAUACACUCGAAUCGGAUCAAUCAUCUGAAGGCUUUGACCAGGCUGGAUUUGAGUAACAAUAAAAUUGGUAUCCUUUCUAACCACACCUUUGCUAAUUUGAGCAAACUUUCCACGCUGAUCAUAAGCUACAACAAUCUCCAGUGUGUUCAACAGCACGCCCUGUCCGGGCUGACGAAUCUCAAAGUCCUUUCCCUGCACGGCAACCAAAUUUCGAUGAUUCCGGAGGGCACAUUCAACGACCUACAGUCCAUCACGCACAUUGCCCUUGGAAGUAAUCCCCUCUAUUGCGACUGUUCCCUGCGGUGGCUCUCGGAGUGGGUCAAGCGGGACUACGUCGAGCCGGGUAUUGCCCGUUGCGCCGAACCGGACCCGAUGAAAGAUAAGCUGAUCCUCUCCACGCCCGCCAGUCAGUUUGUGUGCUCGGGUAAGGUCAGCAACGAGAUCCUCUCCAAGUGCGACGCUUGCUACACGUUCCCGUGCAAAAACGAUGCCGUAUGCAGUGCGCUCCCGGAGCGGCAGUACGAAUGCAAAUGCAAACCGGGCUACCACGGGGCGCACUGCGAGUUUAUGAUCGACGCGUGCUACGGAAACCCGUGCCGCAAUAACGGAACCUGCACGGUGCUGGAGGAGGGACGAUUCAGCUGCCAGUGCCUGAGCGGAUACUCCGGUUCGCGGUGCGAGGUGAACAACGACGAUUGCGCCGGCCACAAGUGCCAGAACAAUGGAACCUGCGUGGACGGGGUCAACUCGUACAGCUGCUCGUGCGCACCGAGCUUCACCGGGGAGUACUGCGAGAGCAAGAUUGAGUUCUGCGGCAAAGACUUUAACCCGUGCCAGAAUGGGGCCAAGUGCGUUGAUCACACGACGCACUACAGCUGCGAGUGUUUGCCAGGCUACCGAGGUGUCAACUGUUCGGACAAUAUCGACGAUUGUGUGAACCACAUGUGCCAGAACGGUGGUACGUGUGUGGAUGGUAUUAACGAUUACACGUGCGAGUGCCCGAACGAGUUUACCGGCAAGUUCUGCGAAGGUGCACCGAUGGUGGCCAUGAUGUACCCGCAAACUUCACCGUGCCAGCAGCACGAGUGUAAGUUCGGCGUUUGCUUCCAACCGGACCCAUCCAGUGCGGACUAUGUGUGCAAGUGUAGCCCGGGGUAUUCGGGCAAACGGUGCGAGUAUCUAACGAGCCUUACGUUCUUGCACAACAAUUCGUUCGUCGAGCUAGAACCGCUGCGCACCAAACCGGAAGCGAACGUGACGAUCGUGUUCAGCAGUACGCAACAGAACGGGGUACUGAUGUACGAUGGACACAACGAGCAUCUUGCCGUGGAACUGUUCAACGGGCGCAUUCGGGUUAGCUACGACGUCGGUAAUGAUCCCGUGUCCACAAUGUACAGCUUCGAGAUGGUUGCUGACGGCAAGUACCAUUCGGUGGAGCUGCUAGCCAUCAAGAAAAACUUCACCCUUCGGGUCGAUCGCGGACUCGCGCGGUCGAUCAUCAACGAGGGCUCGAAGGACUAUCUGAAGCUAACGAGUCCGAUGUACUUGGGCGGUUUGCCGGCGGAACCGGGUCAGCAGGCGUACAAGCAGUGGCACCUACGUAACUUGACCAGCUUCAAGGGCUGCAUGAAGGAGGUUUGGAUCAACCACAAGCAGGUGGACUUUUUGAACGCCGCCCGGCAGCAGAAGAUCACGCCCGGCUGUGCCAUACUCGAUCAGGACAAUGAAAGCGAAAUGGAUGACGAUUUUAUCCGAGAGAGUCCCGUGAUUCUAAAAGAAGUGAAUCCUUGCGAGAACCAUCAGUGCAAGCGGGGAGGCAAGUGCGUGCCCAACGGUAAGGGUGGCUACACCUGCAAGUGCAAGAAGGGCACCAAGGGCAAGUUCUGUGACCAAGGUGAGGGAUCCGUAUCGCUAGUGAUCGACGAGGACCCGUUCAAAACUUCCUCUUCCGCCGCCUCCACCUGCCGCAAGGAGCAGGUGCGCGAGUAUUACACCGAAAACGAUUGCCGCUCGAGGCAACCGCUCAAGUACGCCAAGUGCGUCGGCGGCUGCGGCAAUCAGUGCUGCGCAGCCAAAGUCGUACGCCGAAGGAAGGUACGCAUGGUGUGCAGCAACAACAACAAGUAUGUAAAGCAGCUCGAUAUUGUACGAAAGUGCCACUGUACGAAGAAAUGCUACUGA